AUGGAAGAUUCAACUUAUCGACGGACGUCGUCAAGCCUUAGUUGCGUUUCGACAACAGACGAUGCCUAUUGUGCACUUGCCAUUGAUGAACAAUUAAAUGACUCUUGGACGUUAUUCAAACGUGUCUUUAAGAAAUCGUAUGCCACCAGAGGAGAAGAAACAAAUCGACGAACAAUUUGGGAACAAAAUCUUGCCCAAAUUCGCAAACAUAAUCUUGAACAUGAUAUGGGCCUCCAUAAAUACACUAUGGGAAUGAAUCGCUUUGGUGAUCUAGCUCAUGAAGAAUUCAAAAAACAAAUGAACGGCUUCAAAAUGAGCACUAAUACACAAGCAGCCAAGCAAGAUCGUCAUAUGUUCAUUGCACCAGCAAACGUUGCCAUUCCAGAUUCCGUCGAUUGGCGUAAGCAAGGAUAUGUAACUCCCGUCAAAGACCAAGGACAAUGUGGAUCAUGUUGGGCAUUUUCAGCUACAGGAUCACUCGAAGGACAAACCUUUGCUAAAACUAAAACACUUCCUUCACUUUCUGAACAACAAUUGGUCGAUUGUUCAGAUAAAUUCGGUAAUGAAGGAUGUAAUGGUGGCUUAAUGAACAAUGCUUUUGAAUACAUCAAGCAAAACGAAGGCAUCGAUUCUGAAAAGAGCUAUCCAUACAAAGCUUAUGAUCAGAAAUGCCGUUUCAAACCAGAAGAUGUUGUUGCAACUGAUGUUGGCUUUAUGUUUAUCAAAGAAAAGAAUGAAACAGAUCUCACAGCUGCCAUUGCCACUGUUGGUCCUAUUUCAAUAGCCAUUGAUGCCUCACAAAAUUCAUUUCAAUUUUAUUCGGGUGGUAUUUAUGAUGAACCCAUGUGCUCACAAACCGAUCUUGAUCAUGGUGUAUUAGCUGUUGGAUAUGGUCAAGAUGGUACGAAACACCCAACAUAUUAUUACAUUGUGAAAAAUUCCUGGGGCGAAGGAUGGGGUGAUGGUGGUUAUAUUUUGAUGCUUCGUAAUUCGAACAAUCAAUGUGGUGUUGCUACUAUGGCAAGUUAUCCACUUGUUUAA